AUGGAUCCCGAUAAUAUUCCUACAUACUUGGGGACUACUGUUAUUGGCAUAGACUCUGAUGGUGGAGUAUCUAAUGAUGUUCCCGCUUGGUUGAGAGAUUUUAUUGGGAGAGCUUUAACCGCUAGAGGAAUCAGAACCAAAAGAAAAGUAGCUUCAGAGGAAGCUAUAGAGAGUCUUUCAAGAGUCGAUUUUGAUCUGUUGAAGGAGAAAGAUUGUCCUAUAUGUUACGAUGCUUAUGAAAAACCCCUUCAUGAGAAUAAAGUACCUAAUGUCUUAAACCAUGGACAUAUGCUGACUCAGCCUGAAGUUAAACCAAUCAUCAAACCAGAACUUGAAAAGAUAAUAUCAGAAGAUAAACGUCUAAACAAGACUUUAGUGGAAGAUUAUAAUAUUCGAAGUGUGGAGCCUGUUGAAGAUAAGUUAAAAUUUAAAGAUCCAGCCUUAUUUUUAGCAACGGAUGAAGGUGCUGUCGGUUAUUUUAGAUUUCCACAAAGAAAUUUGAUUUCAAUGCAAAAUAUUAGUGAUGAAGAUAUGUUUCCAGGGUUUUUUGAUGAAGAAAAUACUAAGAAGGAAAAGAAGAGAAAGUUACAAGAGUUUAAGAGUGAAGGCCAUAUACCCGUUAAAAUGCCUAGUUGUGAUCAUAUCUUUGGUAAAACUUGUAUAGUUGAAUGGCUUAAAGCAAAUGUGAGUUGUCCAUUAUGUCGCUCUGAAGUUGAAGCCUUAGUUGAAGAGGGCCCUCAAGUGAAAAGGUUAAGAGAAAUUCAAACUAAUUCAACAUAUAAUUUUAAUGAUCAAGAUCCAAGUGAUCAACAUAUUCUUAUGCACUCUACAGAUGUGUUCAAUCCUUAUAGGAGACCAUUUAAUCCAUUAGUCACUCCCCUUACUGAUUCAUUUAUGCUUCAAGAUUGGGCUACUCCUUAUGAUGGAACUUCUGGAAGAGUUAAUACGAGAGACCCUUCAUUAAUUUUACCAAGACGGUUUCCAUUUCCUGAGCCAUCUCUUUUAAGAAGGGGACGUAGUAGUUUGAUAGGUAGAGAUGAUGAGAGACCAAGAAUUGAUUUACCUCAUGGUCCAGAUGGUAAUGUUAUACCUCUUCGCGGAAGAUUUACUGGAUCAAAUAAUAAUAAUAAUAAUAAUAAUAAUAAUAAUACUGCCAGCAGCAAUAUUAAUAAUAAUAAUACUAACGUUGAUAAUGAAUCAGUCAAUGAAAAUGGAGCUCAGGAUAGUGAUUCUAUGAAUCUUUCUGAUGAUCAAUUUAAUUCUCCUUCUGCUUUUGAUACAAAUAGUAUGAAUGAUGGAGAAGAUUCUAAUGACGGUACAACAUCGAAUAACUCUCAAACAAGAAGUAAUACUGCUCGUCCACUUUCUACUGGUUCACUUCCAAGAUGGUCUACUAGAUUGAGAGGUUCAGAUCGAAAUCGUCGAAGUAGUCCUAGUGUUAGAUCACAUCCUUAUUCCAGACCUCAAAGUGAAGAGUAA